AUGGUGGCCGUGAAGAUCUUCGGUCUCCUGCUGGGGUCCCUGCUCCUGGCAGUGGUGCUAGGAGAGAAGGCGGAGGGUCACUCCAGAGGCCGCGCUAAGGUCAGUGGCUCCCGACCUCGAGGCCCCAGGUAUGCCGAGGGGACCUUCAUCAGUGACUACAGUAUCGCCAUGGACAAGGUCCGCCAACAAGACUUUGUGAACUGGCUGCUGGCGCAGAAGGGGAAGAAGAACACCUGGAAACACAACAUCACCCAGAGGGAGGCUGCUGGGGCCCUGGAGCUGGCCCAUCAAUCUAACAGGAAGGAGGAGGCGAGGGAGCAGCAGGGCUCUCUACCCAAGAAGCCCAGUGAUGAAGAUUUGCUCAAGGAUUUACUGAUUCGAGAGCUGCUGGCCUGGAUGGUGGAUCAGAUGGAAGUCAGCAGGCUCAGAUUUCAGUGA